AUGCGUCCUGCUGGAACUCCAACUUUAUCAAUACCGGACAGUGCCGACUUUGGUUUCUGUCCAGUUGGUGAAACAGCAACGUUUGAAAUAACAAUCAAGAAUACUACUCGUGAAGAAACUGAAUUCGUUUGGCUAUUUAAAGAUCCAUUCAAGAUUUCUCCAUCACAUGGAACAAUUGCCGGCAAGAAAACACAAACACUAACAGUUUCAUUUUUACCUGAUACAGCUACUCGCUUUGAUGGAACUAUCAUUUGUCGUUUCGGUAAAAAUUUACUCGAAUCAUCAGAAUUAAAGGUUGUUGGUGUUGCCAAAGUACCACAUAUUUCGCUCAGUACAGAGAACAUUGACUUUGGUCGUGUACCAAGUGGUGCAAAGGCAGUUCAAUCGUUAACAGUCCAUAACUCUGCCCCUGUACCUGCCACUGUUGAAAUUGUUUCUGACUUCAAUCAAUUCCAAGUACAGCCUACUAAAAUUCAUCUUCAGCCUGAAAGUACUGCGAGCGUUAAAAUUCAAUUUCACCCAACAAACUUUGACUUCUUCGCUUUUGCUAAUAUCAACUUUACUACUGCUGGCGGCAACUCUGCUUCCAUGCGUUGCAGUGCUUACGUUACAGGCCCAGAAGUCUCAAUUGACAAGAAUUACAUUAAUCUCGGAAAUGUCCAACUUAAAUCUAAGUCAUCAAGUAUGUUGAAUAUCCAGAACCACUCAGAUCGUCGUGUUUUCUUCCAAUUCAUGAUCGAGCCAACAUCUGCAUUUUUCUUCGAGCCAAAUCAAGGUAUUUUGGCACCAAACUAUUCUAAGUCUAUUCGUAUUACAUUUACACCUCAAUAUCCUAUUGCUUACUACAGAAGAGUUACUCUUUUGAUCCAUCAGCAUCAUCCUAUUGCAGUUGAUGUCUUUGGCUCAGCCUACGACACAUUUACUAUUCCACCUCGCCUGAAGAUCUCAUCGAUCGAAGCAAACCGCUGCAUUAUCGCUCAAGGUUUACAGAAUAAGCCACCACAUUUACUUCCUAAGAUUACGAACCCACAAUUACCAUCAGUUGAUUACAUUUCAGCUGAUCUUCGUCGUAAUGCAUGCACACUCCAGUCUGGUGCCCAUCUUUUCGACGAAUUAUUCUCUCAUUCAGAUCUUGUUACGAUGAGUGCUUCCAACUUCGAGUUCGGACAAUGCGUACGUGAUGUAUCCCCUGAACCACAGAUCCUCACCGUCAAGAACAACACAGAUGCCCCAUUAACUCUGUUUUGGCAAACUAAUUCCGACGGUUUGGUCUCUGUCGAGCCAGCAACAACAGAAAUCGCCAAACAUCAGUCCGCAGAACUCAAAGUCAAGUUCAAUCCACUCCUUGAGUUCCAAUUCAUGGGUGCGACGAUCGAAGGUUUCGCACAAUACAAAGAAAUGCGAAACAAGAACAUCGUUGAGUUCCCAACGAUUCCUUUCUUGUUGUUACCAUUUGUCAAUGGCCAUACAAUGGAUGAUGUCACGUCAUUCAUCCCAACAAUGUUCACAAGCCACAAAACUCUUGUUUUCGCAGGUUCGAUCGCCGGAGAUUCGAAUUACCAAACUUUCUUUGUUGAAAACAGAGGAGAUUGUGCAUUUAAGUUCGACGUGAGAGUCAUUGAAGCCGAGAAACCGGAUAAAGGUGCAUUGACAUCUUCUUCUGCCGCUUUCUCAGUUUAUCCACAAGUAGGAACAAUAAGAAAAGGAUCUUUCCAGAUUUUCGUUGUCAGAUUCUCUCCAGCACAAAGAGGACAUUACCACGCACAAUUGUUUGCACAAAUCAAUGAUUCCCCUGCAAACAGUUUCUCUGUUAAUCUCAAAGGCGAUGCAAGUGUUCCUGCUGUUUCAUUCUCAACAAUGGGAACUCUUUUCUUGCAUCCUGUUUCUUUGGGAUCGAUUUCCUCCCAAACAAUCAAAAUCACAAAUGAUUCAAGUGUUCCAAUGCGUUUGGAAUGGAAGAUUCCUUCCGUUUACUCGAAUCUUUUGAUUGUCAAGCCACAGACAUCCGAAAUCAAGUCACACGAAAUCAUUGACUGUGUCUGGGAAUUCCAUCCCGAUGCUGUUGGUGAAUUCCGUGUCGAAGUUGUCUGUAACGUUCAAGCAUUGGCUGGAUCUUCUCAUGCAUAUGUCGCCAAGCAAUUGUUACCUUACAUUGUUGGCAAUGACGGCAUGAACAAUGAUCCAAGCUUGUUCUCUUCCUUGAGAACUGUUCAACACUAUCCAUUGACAAUUUGCACUUUAGUUACAGAUUGUAUUGUCAAUUCGAAGCCACAAAACAUCGAUUUCGGAUUUGUCAGAAUCAACAGUGCAGCUGUUUCAACACUUUCCAUUUCGAAUCAUUCAGAUUCGCAGAUGCACUUCUUACUGCAAUCUUCUUCCCCUCAGAAAUUGUUGCAGUUCUCUCCAGCUGAUGAUGUUUUACCACCGAGAUCUUCAAGAGAAGUCGAAGUCAGAUUCACUCCGAAAACACCAGGAGAUGUCACUGAUUCAAUCCUUUGCUCCCUCCUCAACGAAUCAAUUUACCAACAGGAUUGCGCUGGCGAAAAGAAGAAGUCAAUCGAAAAGUUGAUUGUCAAGAGUUCUGUAUCAGAAAUCUGCAAGAUUUCAGGUAUUGGAUGCUUCCCGCAUUUAUCUGUUGUCGAUGUUUUCUCUCAGAAAUACAGUCGAUCAUUGAUCUGGGAAAACUGUUCUUGCAACGCAAUCAACGAUGAAAUGAACUUGCUCGGCUGCAAUUCAUUGACAGAUGACUUGAAACAGUUCGUUGUUGACUUCGGAUUCGAUACAGUUGAUGCAGAACCAACAUUGAUCUCCAUGAGAUUCAAGAAUGUUGGACACAUCGCUUUCAAUUUCAGCAUCAACUUCCCUAACGAUGUUUCAAUUGAUCCUGAAUACUGGGCACUUCCUGAUGAGAUUGACCCGAACCAACUCAAGCAGGACCAGAUCAUGCAGGCGAAACUCUUCAAGGUAAGUGAAAAGAAGUUCCAUCUCGAGCCAAACGAGUCAUGCAAUGUCACAUUCACUUACUCCCACAAAUUCGUUGAAUCCCAUCAAUUACCUGUUGUUUUGUCUGUUCAAAACGGAAGAAUCAUCAAAUUACUUCUCAAAGGAACAACACUUGAUCCAUCUCUUCCUUACAUUGUCAACUAUCGCCCUGUCUUCGAUCUCCAGCCUGUUCCAAUCGGUGCAAUGGAGCCUGCUGUCCAACUUAUGCAGAUCUUCAAUGCUUCAUUGACAGAAGCAGACUUCAGAAUCGAUUUGACACAAGUACAAGAGUGCAAUGAGACAAACCACAACUUCGAGAUCUUCAAGUGCUUGAAUCCAAUGGGAACUGUCAGACCUCGUGGCUUUGCAAACAUCCAAUGGAUAUUUAAGCCAUUGGAAGCAAUCCAAUACGAAGUUUCCAUUCUCUGUGUUGUUUCAAACGGAAACUCAUUCACUGUAACAUUGAGAGGCCGUGGUGUACACACAGAUCACGAGGAAUGCGCUGUUACAUGGGAGACAGCACCUCCUAAGUCGUUGAUCAUUGAAGACUGCUCUCCAGUCACUUUCAGUGAACAAUAUUUGAUGUUUGGAGACAUGCCUGUUUUCGCAACAAAAGACAGAGUUGUCUACAUGACAAACACAUCAAAUAUGCCAUUGACUUUCGAUACGGAGUUGCUCAGUGAUUGUGUUAAAUUGGAGCCAAGUACAGGAACUCUUGAACCGCAUGAAUGCCGCAAGAUGAUUUUAACAAUCAACGCACCACAAUCUCCAAUGAUUUACUCCAAUUCAAUUCCAAUCUACUUCUCAGAGCCAAAGGCACCAAUGCAACGUCAGCCAACUGCUGCAGAACUCGCAGACGAAGAGCAAAUCUUAUACUGCGAUCCUCCAAUUGACACAUCCAAUGUUAGAAGCAGUAGAAUUGGAGCUUUGCAGUCCCUCAGAACAGGAGGAAGAACACAGAACCCCGACGAAUGGAAGUCUGUUGGAGAAAGAACUCUCGAAUUGUCUCAGAAGACAAAGAACAUGAAUGCAAGACUUUUCUCAACACACAUUGGAAAACGUGGAACAGAAGUUCCUAAAGUCGAUGCACCAAAGUAUUCCGCAAUACAGUAUAUCGAUAUUGCUUUCAACGCAAUGACAAAGAACGAAUACAGAGAGAGAUACGGAAGCCUCGAUACUUACUUCUUCGCACCAGAAAACUCUACAAAAGCAGAACCAAAUGCUCAACAUCACGAAGAAGUUGCUGAAGUCCUUGGAGCAAUCAUUGAUGAAACAAUUGCUGAUGCACAAUUGAAGGACUUGUCAAUGAAGGGAGCACAGGAGAGAAGAUUGCACAUCCCUCUUUUCAGUCAGUUGUACCAGAAGGAUCCAGAAAUCAACGUCCCACAACAAGACGCUCCUUCUUUGGCUGACGCAGAAAAUGUCGAGGAGAUUCUCCACUCAAUUAUCGAUGAAAUCAUCGAUGAGGCAUCUGCUGGUAAGUUCAAGCUCGACAAGGAAAUUAUUCAGGUAUCUGGUUUCAAACAAUUAAACUAA